AUCAACAUCGAUGACAUCGAAAGCCGUGAUUUUGAUGCCUUUUUAUCAAUCUUGUAUCCCACGGAUUUUGACGAGCCUGACGUCUGCACCGUCGAGGGAUGGGCUUCUGUUCUUCAUCUCGCUAACAUGUGGAGCUUCAAUUCCAUCCGCAGGCUUGCCAUCACGCGAUUGACUGGCUUAGCAUCACCUGUCGACAAGCUUGUUUAUGGGAACAAAUAUGCCGUUGGUGAAUGGCUUGUCCCUGCUUACGUUUCUCUGUGUCAAAGGCAGGAAGUGCUUAGUUUCGAAGAAGGCCGCAGACUGUCCUCCGACGAUAUAAUCCUCAUCAUGACAAUCCGCGAAUCCAUCCGA